AUGGGACUCUCCUGCAUGCCAUCGCUCGCCAAGGUGUUCCCCAAGAAGCCAUCCUCACCAUCUUCGUCUUCCAUCAAAGACUCUCAUGACAAUAUCACCAAGAAGCAGCAACAAGGAGUGAAGCAGGAUGAGGGGAAGAAGAAGAAGGAGCAGAGGAGCGAUCUUGACAAGGCUGCCUCCACCACUCCCUACUUCCCCUUCCAUUCUGGCCAGGAAUCCUCUAGUCUGCCUAUCCUCGGGUAG